AUGCUCCUAACCCGCCGCUUCCGCCGCCUCAUAACCUCCACAGCAACCCGUCUCACAACCCUCAUCUCCUCCCCCAAAGCGGCCAAGAAACACAUCAAAAUCGACGAUGAAGAGCGCGGGAACCCCUACACCCCAUCUCUCACUAGAAACCCCCUCAUGCAGGCCCUAAAAAUGCUCAUCCUCCUUCUCAUCCUCCUACUCUUUCUCGCGGCGCUCACCGCAUACACCAUCUACAAACCACCCAACGCUCUCAUAAGAUAUCUCCAAGCCCGAAACCCAGAUGUGAUAUUCCACCUCCCAUUACCGGGUCAUAGAAAAGUGGUAGCCCUCACCAUCGACGACGCCCCCUCACAACACACGCCCGCUCUAUUAUCACUCCUAGCCACCCACAACGCAACCGCAACAUUCUUCAUAAUCGGCUCUCAAAUCCCCUCACCCCACACAAACCCCAUCCUUUCCCAAAUCCUCGCAGGAGGAAACGAACUAGGAAACCACGCCCAACACGACGAACCCUCCAUCUCCCUCCCACUCCCAGAAUUAGAAUCCCAAAUCCGGGCCAUAGACGCGUUACUCCCGCCCAACGCAUCGGGGCACAAGUAUUUCCGCCCGGGGUCAGGGUUUUUUAAUAGGAAGAUGGUGCAGAGGGUUAGGGGAGUGGGGUAUAGGAUGGUGCUGGGGAGUGUGUAUCCACAUGAUGCGCAGAUUCGGAGCGCGAGAAGGAAUGCGAGGCAUGUGGUUGCGGGGGUGAGACCAGGGAGUGUGGUUAUUGUGCAUGAUAGGAGGGGGUAUUCGGUUGAGCAGUUGGGGAUGAUUUUGGAGGGGCUGGGGGGGAGGGGGUUUGAGGUUGUUUGUUUGGGGGAGUUGAUGAGGAUUAAGGAGGAGGUUGAGAGGGAGGGGAAGAGGUGA